AUGGCGGUCAGUUUAGAAGAAUUUCCUACUCAUGGUCUUUUACCCAAAAGAGAGACAGGCUCAGAUCGAUUCUUAGCUAAAUACCCCGAUUAUGACGGACGGGGAGUAUUGAUUGCUAUUUUUGACACCGGUGUUGACCCGGCAGCAGCUGGUUUGCAGGAAACGCCAGAUGGAAGGAGAAAAAUCGUUGACUUGAUUGACACUUCUGGUAGUGGUGAUGUGGACACGUCUACUCUCUGUGAGGUCAAAGAUGGGUGUCUCACUGGACUCACAGGCCGUAAACUGAAAAUUCCAGAACACUGGGAAAAUCCUACUGGAAAAUACCACGUUGGAGUAAAAAAUCUCUUCAGCCUAUUUCCAGAGAGGCUCAGAUCAAGAAGAAAGAAAGAGAGAAAAGAAAAGUUUUGGGACCCUCUUCAUAGGAAAUGUAGCGCUGAUGCUUUAAGAGAACUAGAACAAUGGAGUGCUAAACAUCCUGAAAAAAAUCAGACUCUGGAGGAAAAAUGGGUGACAGAUGAAUUACAGUCCAAAAUAGAAGCUCUAAAUACCUUGGAGAAGAAGUUCUGUGACUGUGGUUCAGUGCUGGACUGCAUUGUCUUCCAUGAUGGAACAACAUGGAGGGCUUGUGUUGACACCUCUGAAAAUGGUGAUCUUCAAAGUUGUACUCUCUUGUCUAGCUUCAGAGAAUCUGGAGAGUUUGCAACAUUCGGCAAGGAAGAUCUGCUAAAUUACAGCAUCACAGUGUUUGAUGAUGGCAAUACUCUAAGCAUAGUUACAAAUGGAGGUACUCAUGGAACCCACGUAGCAAGUAUAGCUGCUGGUUACUCUGCCGAUGACCCAGCCCUUACUGGAGUAGCACCAGGUGCUCAGAUUGUUUCAGUGAAAAUAGGCGACUCCAGGCUUGAUACCAUGGAAACAGGCAGUUCUAUGAUACGAGGGCUGAUUGCAACAAUAGAACUCAAGUGCGACAUGAUCAACAUGAGUUAUGGAGAAGCUGCGAAGUGGCCCAAUGCAGGUCGAGUGAUUGACCUAAUGAAUGAACUAGUAAACGAACAUGGCGUAGUAUUUGUAACAAGUGCUGGCAAUAAUGGCCCUGGGCUGUCCACUGUUGGUUCUCCUGGUGGUAUGACUGAUUCUGUCAUAGGCGUCGGCGCUUACGUCUCACCAGACAUGAUGGCAGCUGAGUAUUCACUCCUGGAGAAGUUGCCAGGCAACCAGUAUACAUGGUCGUCAAGGGGACCAGCGCCCGAUGGUCAUCUAGGUGUCAGUAUAACAGCACCAGGGGGUGCCAUAGCUGCAGUCCCGACAUGGACAUUACGUGGAUCACAGUUGAUGAAUGGCACUUCCAUGGCUUCACCUAAUGCCUGUGGAGGAGUGGCACUGGUCUUAUCAGGAAUGAAAGCCAAUGGCAUCCCAUAUUCUGCUCACAGCAUACGAAGAGCACUUGAAAUAUCAGCAUUAAAAAUAGAAGGACUUGAUGUUUUCACACAAGGAAAUGGAUUAUUACAGGUUGAUAAAGCGUAUGAGUAUCUGACUCAACACUCGAAUGAAGGCGAAACAGAUAUUCGAUUUCAGAUCACUUGUCAAGCUGCGCGUGGUAUUUAUUUACGUGACCCUCAUCAAUUAAGCAAACCUUACUUGGCUCCAGUGUGUAUUACGCCUCUCUUUCCAGAGAAAACAGAAAAUGAAUUAAAAUUAAAUCUGAACCUACGUUUAUGCCUGAUCAGCUCUGACACAUGGGUCUCCUGUCCCAGUCACUUUGUCCUCAUGAACACAGCAAGAUCAUUUAAUGUCAAGGUUGAUCCACGUGGGCUUUCAGAAGGUGCCCACUAUGCUGAGGUCGGUGCGUAUGACGUAGCUUGCCCACCGAAAGGCCCUUUGUUCAAAUUUCCAGUCACAGUCAUCGUGCCCCGCAAGGUCACGGACACUGUCCAUUAUGAGGUGAACGUUGACGAAAAGUUGUUCAAACCAGGACAGAUUGAUAGGACGUUCAUUGAUGUACCAGAAGGAGCUACAUGGGCUGAGCUUUCUUUGAUGUCAUUAAAUGAUGAAACUAAUGGCAGGUUCAUGGUGCAUGCGCUACAACUGUCACCGCUGAACUCCUACAAGGCGCAUGAGUUUUGUCAGUUUGUAACUUUGGUUCCGAAGUGCGAGAAGACAGUCUCGUUCAGAAUUGAGGGUGGAUUGACGCUGGAAGUAUGCUUAGGUCGUUGGUGGGCGUGUCUUAGUGACUGCACGGUGAAGAGAACCCUUAAAUUCCAUGGUGCUGUGCCAAGCAAGUCUUCUAUCACAAUGCAUAGUAACCAAAUCAAUCGUGUUGACGUCACUAGCAUGUUACGCACUGAGGAUGUGUCACCGGCUGUCAGCCUAAAGACUCACGUCCAGCCAAUCAGACCCAACGAAUAUAAGAUUCUUCCUCUCGGGACGAGGGACGUCUUGCCGAAGAGAGGUCAAAUAUAUGCACUCGACUUGACUUACAGCUUUUCUCAGUCGCGAGCAGCAGAGAUCCAGAUCAAUGCCGUGUACCUGAGUGAGCUACUCUACGAUUCUGAGUACGAGUCACAGCUUUGGAUGCUUUACGACUCCAACAAAAGAAGAGUGAACUGUGGUGAUGCUUUCCCAAACAGAUACACGGCUAAAGUAGAAAAGGGGGACUAUACACUCAAGUUCCAGAUCCGUCAUGACAAGAAGGAGCAACUCGAAAAGCUCAAAGACAUGGUGGUUCUAAUAGAGACCAAGCUGACCCUCACAGUAUCCCUAGAUGUGCACCAGUCGCACCUAGCAGCCAUGACCGGUGGAAGUAAAGGCAAUGGGGUUUCCAUGGGAAAAGGUUCCAAAGUACCAUUUUUCGUGUCCCCAUUACCAGAUGAAAAGCUGCCCAAAGGCGUCAAGUCAGGCCAUAUACUACGAGGUACCAUCACGUACUUCAAGAAUGAACCCGGCAAGAAAGUGGAUAAUUAUCCAAUAGAAUACAUCGUUCCUAUCUCACCCAGCAAAUCAAACAAGUCCAACAACAACAAACAAGAAAAAGAGCCUGCCCAACAGCUAGAAGAAGAAAUACGUGACUUGAAGAUCUCUUAUCUCUCCAAGUUGGGAACCCUAUGGGAUGAAUUGUCCGAGAAGCAUGGAGACUGGCGACCGCUAUUUUCAGAACGUUUACGCGCGUUGGAUUCUUCUAAGGAACGCUCAAAGAAUCUCAAGGAAAUUGUGAACGUAGCUGAUAAAGUAAUCAGCAUGAUCGACCGAGUGGAGUUGUCCAGCUAUUAUGGAAUGAAAUCUGAUACUAGGAUCGACGCGGCAGCAAUUCGAAGUGAGAAAGACUCGGAGAAAAACGCGUUAAUCGAUGCUCUAGCGCGUAAGGGAUGUGCCUUAGCAGAUCAGCUACUAACACCAUUCGAAGAUAAAGAGACUUCUGGAGAAACAAGCGAAGAAGAGACGAAAACACUUCAAACCAGCCAACAUAAUUUAGUAAAGGCCUUACAAGAGACGCAUUCAGAGAUCCUCAAAUGGAUCGAUGCAUCUGAUUCCAAGAUAUCUGAGUUUCUAGCGAAGAGCUCCGAGGCACAGAGAUUGUAUGGUUCGGCACUCAAGCUGCUGUUGAAGAACAACUGGGAGGGGACACCAGUCAAAGCAAGUGACGAGAAGAUCAUUGAGCUGUGUGAAAAGCUUGGCUGGAACCACUGUAUCCGCUUUCUGCGAGAAAGCCUACCCGUCAAGUAUCCUCAUGAUUUUGAACCGUUUUAAUGGAUCCGCCAGCAUCAGCUGAGAAGUCACUACGCCGACUGGAAACAGUUUCCAGCCACGAGAAGACUUAUCAGUUAAGCACCUAAUUUUUUAUGCUCCUAUUCACAACAGGAUUUUAUCUCGUAUCAAAGCGAACUGCACCACUCAACAAUGUCUAUUUUGUUCAAAGGCAUUACGCUUUCUCACUCAAAAUAUUUCUUGUAUCAUAUGUUUUCAAAUAUUUUAUUCGCCUAUUCAUAAGACAAACCAUAGUUUACUAUGGAGCUGCUUAACUAUGGUCAAAUAAAGGAUGGUACAAAUCUGCACCGCGUAGCAUUAUGGGGUAGAUUUUAGACACGAGAUCAUUUCCGUCCCACAAUUCAAUUCGGAAGGAGUUCUUCACCAGUCUUCCUUUGAUCUCCACGAGAGACGAAUUCAAAUAAGUUACGUAUUUAUCGAUUCCUACAAAAAUUCGCAGUCCUUUUCACCUUCCUUUUACCCACAACAAACAAAUGAGGAAAAAUACCAAUAAACUAAUUCUUCUCCUAUUUACACUAUUCCUUUCUCAGAGCUGGGCUCUCUUGAAGUAAACUGCGUUAGAGAUCUUUCAUUUCUUAUGCCAUUAUUAGAAUUCUAUUGACCCCGCGUGAAGCCUAUCAAUCAAUCCAAUAAAGAUUUUUAUUAUCAAAA